CCAGUUUGUUGAGGCUAGAAGUUCUUUCCAAGUUCCUCUUUCCUCUUUCCUCUCCUGAAACUCAAACACCGACCGCCCGCUCUCUCUCCUCCCUCCGCCAUACUCUACCUAACUUCCCAUCAUCCUCAAUUCCCAACAACCCAUCCAUACCAUUCCACUACUGACCGAGACUCUCUUCCAUCCUCCUCAUCCAAACAUGCAGCUCAAAUCUCUCCUCGUCGCCCUGGCCCUCGGCCUUUCUGUCCAAGCCUAUGAGAUCAAGGGCUACACCGAGAAGGACUGCAAAGGCGACCCCGAUAGCUCCACCACCACCGGUGAUAAACUCGAAGAGUGCGGCACUCUUGCCAGCUCCAAGUGGAAGUCGGUCAAGGCCACCCCUGGUGACUUGGUUUUGACUGCCUACAAGUCCGCCAAGUGUGCCGGGGAGGGAUACGCCCUGCAGCCCGGCAAGUGCGUCAACGGCGAGUUCACGUCCUACGAGGCACAAUGGAUCUCCACUAUGCGGAAGCGUAACACCACCGAGAUCAUCGGCGAUUGGGGAAUCGAGGACGAGGAGAACACCUCUCUGUAAGCAUUCGGGGCAAAUGGAUACGCAAUUGAAGUCAUCGGUCUCGCGCGCGCGUUAGUUUCAGCAAAAUUCGACUUUGGGAUACCACUUUUAUUUUUCUACGCGAGGUCCUUUGCAUCACACCCCGGGGUCAGCUACGGUCGGCAGUCUACUCUAGGCCGGGCGGCGAUACGCACUUGCAAGCAGCAGUCAUUGUUCUGGUGCGGCACCUGUCGGGGAUCUCUUUUCCUUUUCGUUCUUCGUUGUGAUCGGUUUCCAGCAUUUAUCUGUAUAGUUGCAUUUUCGGACAGGAACAAUAGAAUGUCGGUUUUUUCUAU